AUGCUCCAGAGAGUAGCGCAUCAUUGCUCUGUCGGCGGAUAGCUCAAGUUCAACCAAGUGAGUUUCCAAAGCUGAGUCGAAGACCAAAGUCAUCAAAUUUCUACAUUGCCUUCACCACCUCUCACUCUCUUCUUAUAUACUCUCUCUCUGCUCUACAUAAAUUCUCUCCCACUCACUCACUCACUGUGAUUUCACUCUCUCUUUCUCUCACUAGUCACUGGCACUGUGGGGGAAGUGGAGGGAGUGAGAACUUCAAAUACCAUAUACCCACUGGAGGGCUCAUCUCUCUAAAGCUUUCACACCAUUCUCUCCCAUUUUCAGUGCAGGGUUGAGGGAGUUAAUUGCAACAAUAUCAUGAAAUCUAAGCAUAAUUCUUCAGGAAACAGAACAAGAAGCACGAUAACUAUAUUCGUUGUUAUUGCUCUGUGUUGUUUCUUCUACCUUCUUGGAGCAUGGCAAAAGAGUGGUUUUGGAAAAGGAGAUAGCAUAGCAUUUCCAGUAACCAAGCAGACAGAUUGCAGCAAUGUCUUUAGUACUGAUUUGAACUUUGAAACACAUCACAAUAUUGAGGAGAUAGUUGAACCCUCUGAACCUAAAGCCAAAGAGUUCAAGCCUUGUGAUGUUAAGUAUGCUGAUUAUACUCCUUGUCAAGAGCAAGACCGAGCAAUGAAAUUCCCCAGGGAAAAUAUGAUAUACAGGGAAAGGCAUUGUCCACCAGAAGAGGAAAAAUUGCAUUGUCUUAUUCCAGCACGGAAAGGAUAUAUGACUCCUUUCCCCUGGCCUAAAGGCCGUGACUAUGUCCACUAUGCCAACGUCCCUUAUAAAAGCCUGACAGUUGAGAAAGCUGUUCAGAACUGGGUGCAGUUUCAGGGAAAUGUUUUCAAAUUUCCAGGUGGAGGAACAAUGUUCCCCCAAGGCGCUGAUGCAUAUAUUAACGAACUUGCAUCAGUUAUUCCGAUUUCAGAUGGCUCUGUCAGGACAGCAUUGGAUACUGGUUGUGGUGUUGCAAGUUGGGGUGCAUACUUGCUAAAGAGAAAUGUAUUAGCCAUGUCCUUUGCACCACGGGAUAAUCAUGAAGCACAAGUGCAGUUUGCAUUGGAGCGAGGUGUACCUGCUGUUAUCGGUGUGCUUGGAUCAAUUCGUCUUCCAUACCCAUCUAGGGCCUUUGAUAUGGCUCAGUGCUCUCGGUGUUUAAUUCCAUGGACUGCAAAUGAUGGGAUGUACCUAAAAGAAGUUGAUCGGGUCCUUAGACCUGGUGGAUAUUGGAUCUUGUCUGGACCUCCAAUUAAUUGGAAGACAUACUACAAAACAUGGAAGCGGUCUAAGGAGGAUGUCCAGGCAGAGCAAAGACAGAUUGAAGCACUAGCUGAAAGUCUUUGCUGGGAGAAAAAGUAUGAGAAAGGAGAUAUGGCUAUUUGGAAGAAAAAAUUUAAUACAAAAUCCUGCAAAAGCAAGUCUGUCAAUGUAUGCCAGACAGAGGAUGCUGAUGAUGUCUGGUACAAGAAAAUGGACACAUGCGUAACCCCCUCUCCUGAGGUAACCAAGGCAAAUGAAGUAGCAGUUGGGGCGUUGAAGUUUCCUGCGAGGCUUUAUGCAGUCCCUCCUCGAAUAGCUAAUGGUUUAGUUGACGGAGUUACUACUGAAUCUUACCAAGAGGAUAAUAAACUUUGGAAAAAGCAUGUAAAUACUUACAAAAGAAUCAACAACUUGAUUGGCACUACCAGAUAUCGAAAUGUCAUGGAUAUGAAUGCAGGCCUUGGAGGAUUUGCAGCAGCCCUUGAAUCACAAAAAUCUUGGGUUAUGAAUGUUGUGCCUACAAUUGCAAAGAACACAUUAGGUGUUAUUUAUGAGAGGGGUCUCAUUGGCAUUUAUCAUGACUGGUGUGAAGGCUUCUCCACGUACCCAAGGUCGUAUGACCUUAUUCAUGCUAGUGGGGUGUUCAGCUUGUACAAGAAUGAGUGCAAUCUGGAAGACAUCCUUCUGGAGAUGGACCGCAUCUUGCGGCCUGAAGGUGCCGUCAUCUUCAGGGAUGAAGUUGAUGUCCUGAACAAGGUUAGGAAGAUCGUCGGGGGCAUGAGAUGGGAUGCCAAAAUUGUGGAUCAUGAGGACGGCCCCCUUGUGCCGGAGAAGGUAUUGGUUGUCGUUAAACAGUACUGGGUUGCCGGCAGUGGAAACAGCACAUCCAAUGAUCAGUAAACCAGGAGUGAUCAUUUGGCUGUGAAUAAACCGAAUAUUGCGCCACGGUGAUGAAAUUGCUCUAUAGUUGGGGAACCAAAGUGUUCUGAUCCUUGGGGAUGAUGAGUUGUGUGUAAUUUUAAUUUAUAGAACAUUUAUUUACUUUCUAAUUCGCUUGAUUUCACGGGGGAAUAGGAUUAUAGGGAUGUUGAAUAAUUAGUUCAAGAAUGUCACAAUGCAACAGAAUUAAUUUAUAAAGAUAUUUCUCAGU